CAAUUUCCCAAUGCGUUACGCCGUGUGGGCAUUUCAAUCCAUUAAGUCCCAAAAACAUAGACAGAGACCAACACAACAACCUCUUCCAGUUGCAGACUAGGCUUCCUUAUGAUUAUGAUGGGAACUACAUGUUUCCCAACUACUAAUGUUCUUUUCAAACCUCAAAAGCUAUCUGGGAAUUUCUCUAUCCUCUGUGAUAACGUUCGCGGUCUCAGUUUCCUCACUCCCAAACCCCACCUUCGAUCCUCUUAUUCAAACUUAGGAAAUGGUGUAAAGUUUACAUCUUUUUCAAUGUCCAAGACAACCCAUUUGAAGGUCUCGCAAGAUGCACUCUCUCCCACAGAAGAAUCGCUCUCUUCCUCUCCUCAGGUAAUUGGAGAACAUGACUUACUCGUUGUGGGUCCCGGGGUUCUUGGUCGUUUGGUUGCUCAGAAAUGGCAUCAGGAAAUUCCAGACUGUCAAGUUUAUGGUCAGACAGUGACUACUCAUCAUCACAACGAGUUGAUACAAAUGGGUAUUUACCCGUCUUUGAAAUGGACGGAAGCUACUCACAAAUUUCCAAAUGUCAUUUAUUGUGCACCACCUUCCCGCACACCGGACUAUGCUGGUAAUGUUAGAUUGGCUGCAUUAAGCUGGAAUGGGGAAGGUUCUUUCUUGUUUACGUCAAGCAGUGCUCCAUAUGAUUGUAAUGAUAAUGGAACAUGUGAUGAGGAUUCUCCAGUUUUGCCAAUUGGGAGGAACGCCAGGGUUGAUGUCCUUCUAAAAGCUGAAAAUGUGGUACUGGAGUUUGGUGGCUGUGUUCUGAGAUUGGCAGGACUAUAUUUUUACAAAGAAGAUAGAGGUGCCCACAAUUAUUACUUGGAAAAGGGUACCGUUGAUAGUCGUCCUGAUCACAUCCUGAAUCUUAUACAUUAUGAGGAUGCAGCUUCCCUUGCAGUUGCAAUCUUGAAGAAAAAAUUCCGUGGACAGAUUUUCCUUGGUUGUGAUAAUAAUCCUUUGUCUAGGCAGAAAAUGAUGGACCUGGUUAACGAAAGUGGAAAAUUCAAUAAAAAGUUUGAUAAAUUUACUGGAACAGAUGAUCCUCUAGGAAAAAGAUUAAACAAUACAAAAACCCGCCAGGUGGUUGGGUGGGAGCCCAAGUACUCUAGUUUUGCUGGUUUUCUAGAGAGCAGUCUGUGACAAACUCCUGAAUUUGUCUAUUGUUGUUCACUCUGAUUAAUUUGGAAACCACCAUAUAUACAUAAGGUGCUUAGUUAGGGAAUUCUUGCUGUAGAUGGAUAGUUCAUGCAUAUCAGUCACAACUAUGCAGUGUGUACAUUUUCCUAUUUCUUGGGAAAAAGGAUGAUCAGUUAUU